AUGCACACUUAUGAAGAAAAAUCUCGUGACCCUCCCUUAUCAGGACAGGAAAUCAUUCUCUGCAAAUUUACAAAAUGGCUACGUAAUCAGAUGAUAAAAGUCCAGAGGAUAACACACAAAAAAGAAGAAUCUUAGGCCAUCUUCUGCCCCACAAACGAGUAGAAGACAACCUACAACUACUAAACAGAGAUCCGAUUAGAUGCUUCAGGUUUGAUGAUUGAAAUGGCAUGAUCAACCAACCACCAGCAUUUCUUAAUCACAACAAACUCAGAACAUCAUCCCGAAAAACCAUUGUGAAAAAGACCAUGAGGCCAUUACUUCCACUCACUUAAAAUUCUGUCCCUUUUCUUGAAAAAGAUAAACACUCUUGGAACAGUUGGAGGGGUAUAAAGGGACAAGCUCUAAACGGCACCAAGAAAGUAAAUGGGGCUUUAUUGAAUACCUCACAAGAGUCAGAGUCACACUUCUGUCAUCAAAAACUAAAUGUAUAUCUAUGUGAGGACAUAUAACGUCGGAGUCAUAUCUCUGUACUGAACCCAUCAUUGCCUAAAAUAUGUGAGAAUAUAAAACACCGCCGACAUUUUCUUUUUGAAAAAUAUGCCCUCUAAAGCCAAUCAAGGAAGAUUAAGAUGGCAGACAAUCUGAAUACGUCUCAGAUUGUCUUGCAUUGUCUACUAUUUUUUUAUCCCGAAAAGUAGAAGUUAUUGGCAUUUGAAGAUAAUAUACAUAAGAUCAAAACCUAAAACUAGGCACGAUUGAAGUAUUUUAAUCCAGUACAUGCGAAAUGCAAAUGUACAAGUACAUAUGUACAUGUAAAACAGUAUAUAUGUCUGUGUCAAAUAUCCAAGAAAAUACGAUGAUGAGACGAAACAAAACAGGAGGAAUUGUUGAUACCAGAAGAUGAAGGAAAAUGAAACAAAAUGCACGCUUAAAAGGACAGGGUGGCAAAAAAAUUAAAGAAACCCGUAUGAAAUGCGGAAGGAUGGCUUCACAAUGCUAGUUAGAAAGAAAGCACAGGGUAGAGAAAAGACAACUAACAGCGAUGAUGAGAAAAAAUUGCAACGAAAAAGUAACGAAGCAAAAAGGGAGAAUCAAGGACAGAAGAGAAGGUAA